CUUUCUUUUGUCCCCAAAAACAGGUAGCGACGGCGACAACAACAAUAGCAGCGGUAGCUAUAAUAGUAGCAUUGAUAAUACUAAGCAUAACAAUGACAAUGCGGCUGCUAUUAUUGUUACUACCCAGGUGGAUAAGGUGAUAAUUGAAAUGACCCUCACCCAAAGAUUGAAUGACGCCCUGAACGCAAAUUCGAUGCUCAAAGCACAGAUAAGGAAGUUUGAGAGCGACGCGAAAUUGGCCAUGGGGACCGCACCGAGCGCACAGAGCCGGGAAGUUGCGAGAGCUGCAUCAAGAAGAGGAGCGACUGCUGGACAACAACAGGACGAACUGCUUCGAGCACAUGCACUCGCGCAACUGGGGCUGAUUGAGUACCUUGAAGGCGAAGACGAUCUGGGAGCCGCACUGGAACGUUUCAAAAAGCAGCUGGAAGCAGAACUUUCGGACAACAGCUGCAGCAGCAGCAACAACAACAACAACAACAACAACAAUGGCAGCACCAAUGAUCACACUUGAUUAGGUGGGCGGGCGACUAC